ACGGCCAUAAAGUAAAUAUUGCUAGAAAGUAUUUGUUGAGUUAUUGCGCAACCUUUUCGAUAUCACGUUGUAGUGAUGAAUUUAAUACACGGCGGUGUAAUUGUGCUAAGCGCUGUAGUAUUUUUAUUCUACAAACUCUCUAAGCAAAGGAAUUCUUCGCUGCAAAAUAGCCAAUUAUUGCGACCGCCGAAUCCGGAAACGCCGCAGCCACCCUCAUUCUCACCGCUACACGUGUUUGAAAAUGGGGCGGUCUGCUCUGACAGCGAUGUCUGCAGUAGAAUUGGCAGAGAUGUCAUGCAAAAGUCGGGUGGCAGCGCAGUUGACGCCGCCAUCGCGACGCUCUUCUGCAAUGGACUGCUUGCUAUGCAGAGCAUGGGGCUCGGUGGCGGUGUACUCAUCAAUAUUUACUCAAGCAGCGAACAGCGAGGCUACAGCAUACUGAGCAGAGAACGCGCACCACUAGACUUCCGAUUGCCGGAGGGAAAUGUAAGCACAAUUUUCCAGUCCGCUUUGGGUAUUGCAGUGCCUGCAGAAGUUGCCGGCUAUGCGGUGGCCCAUCAACAUUUUGGAAAGUUACCCUGGCGGCAGCUGGUGGAACCGACAACAAGGCUCUGCCGCCAAGGCUACACACUCACUAAACACCAGCGGGAUUCCGUGUAUAUCAAUGGCAAACUGCUUAAGGAAAAUGAAGUUUUGCGCAAAAUGUUCGUAGAUCCGGAAACAGGGCAAGUUUAUAGGACUGGCGCGCACGUACAUCCACCGGAUGUCCUUUGUCGCACCUAUGAAGCGCUGGCGCGUGAUGGGCCCAGUGACUUUUAUAAUGGCUACCUGAUGGAAAAAGUAGUGAAAGAUUUGCACGAUAUAGGUAGUCCCAUCAGUGAAGUGGACCUGAGCAAUCUGACGGCAGAGCUGACAUUCUCACCCAAUGUUACAUUAGGUCCGUAUACGCUACAUUUCACACCACCGCCCGGUAGUGGUUAUGUCGUGGGUUUUGUGAUGAAGAUUUUGCAGAAAUUUAGUAAGAAGUUCGCUAAGGAAAGUGACAUUGAUGCCAGCGGGAUGCAUCAUAUAGUUGAGGCGUUGAAAUUUGGUUUCGUCCAACGUUGGAAUCUGGAUGUAGAGGACCAAGAAGAGGAGCUGACAAAUCUUACAAACUCCUCAUAUGCACGUCAUUUGGCUUAUCUGAUAGACGAAGAGCGCACUUUCAGGGAUGCUACAAGUUAUGGUGCCAGUGAAUCGCUUGUUACACGUGUAGAGCAUGGAACAGCACAUAUAUCGGUUAUGGCUCCGAAUGGUGAUGCCGUCGCCGCAACAAGUUCCAUUAACUUUUAUUUUGGCAGUGGCAAGAUGGGCGCACGCACUGGUGUUCUUUUCAAUAACGCCAUGUCGGACUUCACCAUCGAAGGCCUUCAAAAUUACUUCGAUUUACCGAAUAUGCCGCAUAAGAAUCGCAUUAAACCCGGUGCUUCGCCGAUGUCUUCAAUGAGUCCCAUUAUUGUCACCGAUCAGCAUGGCGUAGUGCGUUUGGUGACGGGCGCCGCCGGUGGCACAAAAAUAAUAUCGGUUUUGGUACAUAUUUUGGUUCGCAUACUCUGGCUGGAGCAGAAUAUUAAACAGGCCAUUGACGCACCUCGUUUUCAUCAUCAACUAGAGCCGAAUAUACUUGAAUAUGAGUAUGGGAUCUUGCAAAAUGUGGUUAAGGCUUUGGAAGCCAAGGGGCACCGAACGAAACGUUAUCGGGAGCGUGGUUCGGCCGUUUGUGGCAUUGAAAGGGUUAAGGGCCAAAUUUUUGGUAAUGCCGACUAUCGUAAAGAAGGCGAUGUUCGCGGUUUCUAAGAACGAAAAACUUCGAAUGUGAGCUCUACAAUUUAAUAUCGAUAAAAUGUGAUAAUAUUGAAGGACAAAGUCGUAAAAAUAGAAAGUAUUACGCUUAUAAACAAAAUCGUGUUUAGAAAAUAAAUAUGAUAAAUAUGAAAUGAGAGUACUAUAGUAUAAUAUUUCCUUAUCCAAAUUAUAUGAUGAAAUAAUACUUAGUGACUUGUUGAAAUUUAUUGCGCAACUUUAUUUAAAUAUCAUAAAUUAUAUAAAUAUAAUAUACUAAUGAUUUCAAGCUCAAAUACAGUGCCGAAUACCAAAAACCCUCCAUAAAAUUUAAACAAGAUCUAAUCUCAAAUAAAUUAUAGUCUGCGACAAAAAUAUCAGAAUGUAA